AUGGUGCGUUGCAGUAACAAUCUAGUCGGGCUCCUGAACAUCAUCACGCUUCUCCUCUCGAUCCCGAUCAUCGGCGGCGGGAUAUGGCUUUCCCGGCAGGCCAACACCGAGUGCGAGCGGUUCCUCGACCGGCCGGUCAUCGCACUCGGGGUCUUCGUCCUACUCGUGUCCAUAGCCGGGCUCGUCGGUUCCUGCUGCAGGGUUUCGUGGCUUCUGUGGGUUUACCUGCUGGUGAUGUUCCUGUUGAUUGUCCUCCUCUUCUGCUUCACGAUCUUCGCCUUCGUGGUGACCAACAGGGGCGCCGGCGAGGUGAUCUCCGGCAGGGGGUACAGGGAGUACAGGCUCGGGGACUACUCGAACUGGCUGCAGAACAGGGUCAACGACCACUGGGGCCGGGUUAGGAGCUGUUUGGUUGACAGCAACAUUUGCCAGAGGCUGCUUCAGGCUGGGUCGACCCCGGUGGACGAUUUUUACCGAGAGCAUCUAUCUGCGCUUCAGUCUGGAUGCUGUAAGCCCUCGAACGACUGCAACUUCACGUACGUGAGCCCAACGAACUGGACAAGCCCACAAACACCAGCAUCUGCCAACCCGGACUGUGCUCGGUGGAGCAAUGAGCCGAGAGUGCUCUGCUAUGAAUGCGACUCGUGCAAGGCUGGCCUUCUCGAUAACAUCAAGACCGACUGGAAGAGGGUUGCCGUUAUAAACAUCAUUUUCCUUGUGUUCUUAAUCAUUGUUUACUCGGUUGGGUGCUGUGCGUUUAGGAACAACCGGGAAGACAACAAUGCCUGGAAGCGUUAUCCUUGA